AUGAACGAUCAUGUGGCUCGGCUGCGGGUGGUGCAAGAGGUGUCAUCUCGAAACAGUUCAGCCAGCUGGAAUAGUUCGUGUACGUUUUCGACCGAGCAGAGUUUUCAAGAUCAACCAAGACCUCCGGUGUACAACGUAGAAGACUAUGCCGGAUCUUUGCGAAAAUUUGGAAAGCGAGGGCCUGCGUCUGACGUUAACAAUGGUGACUCGUCUGAACCUAAAGAAACCGAAAUGACACUAAAAGAAUUCACGUCGGCUACUGAGCUACUGGAAAAACUGAAUUCUGACCUAAAACUUGCAUAUUUCAGCUUCGUACAAGAAUUCGUCGGUGACCCAAUAGACGGAGUCACGCUGUUGCUGGAACUCCUGAAAACGAUCCAACAAAACGGCACGCAAACAAAGUGCACGCCAGCAAACCAGCGCCGUAUCACAUUAGACGAAAACGCGUGCCUGCAAUGUUUGAAGUAUUGCAUGCGCUGUCAGGAUGCGGCUAGGAAGUUGGCGAUAUCUCCUGCCGGAUUGUACACGCUUGCCGCGUGCAUCAUGAGCACUGUCAAUCAAUCUCGUUUAUUGACUCUGGAGUUACUAACCAAGGCAUGCUGUGAAUCGGGUACGGUAGAUGGACACAACACGGUUUCGGAUGCGAUGAGUACGAUGCGACUUAGAUUUGCUGAGCCCGUCAGGUUUAGAUUUUUAGUGGGAAUGAUGUCCGGUAGCGGCAGUUCCGGUAUGGAACUGCUGUUGGCUGGUUUAAAGUUUAUAAACGCCUUCACUGAAACGUGUCCGGAUCUUCAGACAAAGUUUUAUGUGCAAGCCGAACUCAAACAAGCUGGUUUCAAACCUGCAGCUAUAUUAAAAAAUAUUUCCAACAAAUCUCCACUAUUGAGCUCCGUCUCUGAUGAGAUAUACAGGUGGCAGAAAAAUUUCAUAAAUGUUGAGUCACUGAAAAGACAGCACGACGAGGUAAUCAGAGAAGCUAAGUCUCUUAGAGAGAAAGUAACCAUGCUAGAAAAAAAAAUUCACAUUCUCCAAGAAGAGAAACGUGUAAUUUCUUCACGCAAAGACCACGUAGACAGCUCACAAAAAAAUAAAAUUGAAGGCGGAGGCAAUUCUGCUGAAGACGAAGGUAUCAGUUCUUCCGAACAAGAUGACUGCGAAGAGGAAGUGACGGCAAAGAAAGUAAAGGUUCCCUACAAAAUAUACAGUGUAUCACAAGGUGACACGACCAUCGAGGAAGUGCUCGAAGACUUCGACAAGGUUAUAAACGAUGCGUCCACCGAAUCUGGUGAUGGACGGAAGAUGUCUUCGGUAAGCAGUGACAACUCCAAACGGUAUUACGAGUAUUCUGACACAGAUGAUGUGGUCAUCAUUCCUACCAGAAUCGUGCCCGAACCACCGAGGCGGUCCAGGAGCCUAUUCAUGAAUAAAAACUUUGAAGUCAACCCGUUUUUCGAGGACGACGAAGAGAGCAUCGACUCCGAGUGCGCUUACGAAGAUGAUGAUGAUGACGUUAAGUCCAAAAUAAAACGGAGCGAAACGUUUCAUUCGGUCCAGAAACAGAUAAAACGAUUUUCGGACCUGGCGCUGAACAGUCACCGCGUGGAGGACGAAGAGAAAAUCAAAGACGGAGGCAGACGAAAAUCGAUAUACAACGUUUUCGGUAACGCGCCUGAGGCGGAAAACUCGAUGUAUGCCAACAAUAGACCAGUAACGAGGUCAGUGAGCACCAGGAACGUCAAUGACUCAAGGAUACCCGUCAUGAGAUUCGACCACUGCAAGUCUGAAAGGUCCGUGUACUUACCAAUGGGCUGCAGGGUCACCAAGGAACCCAAGGUUUUCAUGACCAGGGGCCACAACAACGCAGGAUUGUAUUCCGGCUAUAAGGACACCACCGCCGCCGCCGGAAAAGACUCAAGUCCUAAGUGCAAGCUGAGUACAGGUGGUAGUUCGAACGGCUUGAAAGCGCUACAGCACAUUAACAUGUCUGUUUCCACGGGGAAGCUCUCAGAUUUCCCAUCGGGACUCUAUUAG